GAGCGCAGAAGGUGUCGGGUUGCGGAGGGAGGUCUCGGGAGCAGCGCAUGUGGGGAGGUCCCCCCGCUUUAACCCACACCCCUGUCGCUAGGCGCACGUGCUAAGCGCCCCAAAUCCAACAGUGGAAUUGCGUACAAGGCACACAGGAGAGCAGACGAGAGAGUCCCCACCAUGACCGCCAUGGAAAUGCUUCCGCCAUUUUCAGAGGCAUGAAAAAGAAUCGGACGCAGAAACCCCACCAUCUAAAAGGCCACCAAACUCCACCUUUUCUGCUCUCUCUCUCUCUCUUGGACACGAAUACAACGCAUACUCUUAUACAUAUAUACACGCGCUUCUCAAUCGUGGGGAGAGAGAGAGAGAGAGAGGGCUGCCCUUCGAUCUGCUCCUUUUUAAUCCUUAUCUCUUGCAGCUCACCACCACUCCUGCAAUUAUUGUUCCACCCCCACUCGCCUCUCUCUGGCACAGAGCCGCCAUCUUUCCUUGUAGACGGAGAGAUAGAGGGGGGAAGAGAUCCGGAGAGAUACGAUUCCAGAAUCGGGAUUGAUCUCAUGGAGGCGUGGCUUGUGAAGGUGUCGAGCACCUUGAAGACGGUGGUGCUCAAGAACAGGCAGCUGCUCAGCGGGGGGCCGACGGUGGGGGUUCUGGCCUUCGAGAUGGCCGGCAUCAUGUCGAAGCUGCUGCAGCUCUGGCACUCCCUCGCCGACAAGCAGAUCGCCAGGCUCCGCCACGACGUCAUCAACCAGGAGGGCGUUCGCAAGAUUGUCUCUAAUGACGACUCCCUGCUCAUCGGCCUCGCCUGCGCCGAGAUCGUCGACGCCCUUCGCCUUGCCGCUCGUUCCGUCUCCCGCCUCGCCUCCCGCUCCACCGACCCCGGGCUCCUGAAAUUCGACCGCCUUUUCCAUGGGUUCGCCAACUCGGGUUCCGGUGACGUCGGCGCCCCGCAGGGCUGGGUCCUGCCGCACAAGGAGAUGGAGUCCAAGGUCAAGAAGGCGAGCCGGUACGUCACCCAGACGGCUCGGCUGUACAAGGAGAUGGAGGCCCUGGCCGAGCUCGAGAGCUCCGUCAGGAAGCUGCAGGCCGCCGGCGGCAACUGCAACGAGAAGAAGGCCAUGGACCUGAGGGAGCGGAUCGAGUGGAGCAAGCAGGAGGUGAGGUUCCUAAAGGACGCCUCCCUCUGGUCCCGCAACUACGACUCCGUCGUAGAGCUCCUCGCCAGACUCGUCUUCACGAUCGUCGCCAGGCUGAAGGUGGUCUUCCGCCACGGCGACCCCGUUCCCGCUCCGGUUUUCCCCCGGAGCUCCUCCGUGUCAGCCGUGGUAUACCCGGCCUCCUCGGAUCCUGCAUCCGCCAUCACCAAUUACCAUUUCGCCUCCGGCCCCCUGCGGCCGACGAUGUCGCCGGCUAUGCAGGAGGAGCCGGCCGAGCCGUCGGGCGGGCUCUUCGACACAUGCUCGAAGCUGCUAGAGCCCCCGCCGUCUACCCUCGGCGCCGCGGCUCUGGCGCUGCACUACGCGAACGUGAUCAUCAUAAUCGAGAAGAUGGCGAAGACGCCGCACCUCAUCGGCAGCGACGCGAGGGACGACCUUUACGGGAUGUUGCCGGCGAGCGUCCGGGCGUCGCUGAGGACGCGCCUCAGGUCCUGCCGGUCCUCGCUGGAGGCCGGCGGCUUCUGCGCGGCCGACCCGGCUUUGGCGGAGGAAUGGAGCGAGGCCCUCCGCAGAAUCUUGGACUGGUUGUCCCCUCUCGCGCACAACAUGAUAAGGUGGCAGUCGGAGAGGAACUUCGAGCAGCGGCGCCUGGUGUCCUCCACCAACGCGCUGCUGCUCCAGACCCUCUUCUUCGCCAACCAGGCCAAGACCGAGGCGGCCAUCACCGAGUUGCUCGUGGGGCUCAACUAUAUAUGGAGGUACGAGAGGGAGCUCAACGCCAAGGCCUUCUUGGACUGCAAUUCGGCCAUGGCCUCCAUGUGAAUUGUAACACAGCAUAAUCACACAGACCAGUCGACGUCUUCUGCUUUCCCUUCAUAUAUUCGACAAGUUAAUUUCAUGCUUGUUACAAGAAGCCGUAGAAGAAGGUCGCUUUGUACUAUGGAAUAUGAGAUGUAUCACAGAUAGAAGGCCUUUCGACUUUUCCUUCUUUCUCCUGUUGAAUGUCUGUGGAUUGCUUCGUUAAACCUGGUGUACAUAGAAUUUGUGUGGUUUUCCCUGCCAUCUUGGGAAAUAAGAGUGCUUGAUUAGCGAGGCUUCCAUCUUC